UUGCAAGGAAAAAGGAUCACGCAUGCGCAUACAAAGCUUACGUCAUUUAAGAAUGAAAAUGUACUAUUUAAAAAUUAUGAUUUAAUUGUUCUCAUUGUCAAUUUGUUAUUCAUGUAUUGAAUAAGAUAUUUAUCUUGGUACACUCGGUAAAAUAUCGAAGCAUACUUAAACUUUGAACUUUAUUCUUUGAACUAUUCUAUUUUUUACAACUAUAAACGCUCCUUAAGAAAUUAGUUAACUUGCCAACUCCAAAGUCUAAAGUCAGCGAUCCCAUCUGUACGAUAAUUUUACGCCCCUGUGUCGAUCAGACGAACUAAAGUCUCUGGGAUCACUGUCUAAAGUUAAUGAUUGAUUGAUCAGUCUUCAUAUUUGCAAAAAGUGGUUACAUUGUUAUUUGAAGCUACGCAUUUCAAAGUAGUCCUCCUAUAAGACGAAUUACAAGUUCAAAUUUGGAAUUGAUAAAUAUAAAAAAGAAAAUAAGAUGCCUGGUAAUCUCAGUAAGUUUGUUAAAUCAUCAUGCAAGGAUUAUUCACACAAAUGGGUAGAUUCGUGUAUUUCUGCAGCGAUGGGUCUUGGAUUGGACUGUUUAGAAGAAUCUCUCAAAAUUUAUUCAACUGUGUAUAUCGCAAGUUUAUUAAUUAAUCGAAGAAAGAUAACGAAAGAUGUCAUAAUACGUACAAUAUUAGGAAUCCUUCAAUCUUCAGCAUUUCUUUCUAUGACUGCAUUUAAUUUUUCCGCAAAUAUUUGUGCUUUAAAUCGUAUUCUGGGUGGUAUGCAUGUUUUAACAGUAUCUUUUUUACCUUCAUUCUUAUCUAAUCUAGUUGCAAUUAUAAUAGAAAAACCUGCUAGACGUACUCUAUUAUGCCUUUAUGUUUCAAAUAUUGCAACAGAGACCUUGUAUAAUAUGGGUGUUUGGAGAGGAUAUUUUCCAAGAAUUCCAUAUGGAUCAGCAUACAUUUUUGCUGCAAGCAUAUCUGUAUUAUUGUACUUACAUCGAGCUAAACGUAUGGAUCAAGACACUGUAUACAAAAUUAUUAGGUUUGUCAUUGGUCCAUACGAACAGUUUCAAAAUAGUAACAAAAAAAGUGAACAUUUAGAAUCAACUACUUGCACUGAAUCUUUAAACUCAAAUCGAGAAUGUAAACGUCAUACUUAUAAUAUUAUUUUCAAAUCUUUCCAAAUUUACAAAGAAAUAAUAAAUAAUUUAAAAAAUAAAUAUAAACAUUGGUCUUGUCCACAUCCUCAUAGCUGUGCUCAUUAUAUAUUAAUGAGUGGGACAAAAUUAUUUAGUUAUGGAUAUGGUAUUCAAGUAGCUAUCCAAUUAAUUCUUCAAAGUCAACAAAUUUUUAAAAGACCCAAACAUAUAAAAAAUAUAUUAUUUAAGAAACAAUAUUUAAAUAUUGCUACAUUUCUAGGAGCAUUUUCUGCACUUUAUAAAUUAACUUCAUGUUUACUACGAAGAACAUAUAACAAAGAUUCACCAAAAUUUGCUAUUCCUGCUGGAUUGAUUGCCAGUAUAGCAUUUAUUGCAUUUCCAAAUAAUACCUUAGCUUUAUACUUCAUGUGGAAAGGGCUACAUAUAAUCUGGAAUGAAGGGGUAGAAAAAGGAAUUUUUCCUGAAUUUAAAUGGUUUGUUAUUCUUCUAUAUAGUUUUUCUACAGCAAUACUUUUCCAUGCAGCUAUUUUAGAACCACAAAAUUUAAGAUCUUCAUAUUGGAAAUUUUUAUACAGAGUAUCUGGUGGAAGGAUAGCAGUAAUAUCACGUUCUCCUUUAGAAAUUUUUGGUAUGAAUAGUAGUAAAUAUCUGAAAGAAGUAUUGAUACGAACUAAUACCUCUAAUCAACGUACAUUUACAUUUUAAUUAGUUAAAUGUAAUUUAAACCAAAAUCCUGUAUUAUAUUUUUCUAUAUUCAAUAAGUCAAGGUGGCAUCAGGGUUGUUUUAUCACAACAUAAUAUAUUGGUAUUUUUUUAGUUGUAACUUAUUAAUCGUUACAAAAAUACAAAUGUUUUUAUUGAUGUUUAUCAAUAAUUUUUUGUUUAACAAUGAAAUCAUUAUAUGAUGUAUAUCUUGAAAUUAGUAUAUAUGAAGUCAUUUUAUUUGAUAGUAUGCAAAGGUGCCUGGACUUUAUAUAUAUAUAUAUAUAUACG